AUGUCUCGCCGCGCAAUAACGAGCAUCCCCCGCACUAUCGCCUCUUUAUCUACACCCGCUCUCCGCCCAUCUCUUUCACAGACCGCCGCCCGGAUCUCACGGCCAGCCAUUGCACAGUCACAAAGGAGAGGGUACCACGAGAAGGUGCUCGACCACUACUCAAACCCGCGUAAUGUCGGCUCGAUGAACAAGAACGACAAUGAUGUCGGUACUGGUCUCGUCGGAGCACCCGCCUGCGGCGACGUAAUGAAACUACAGAUCAAAGUCGACCCUUCCAACGACACUAUCGCCGACGUCAAGUUCAAGACCUUUGGCUGCGGUUCCGCCAUCGCUUCAUCAUCAUACCUUACCGAGCUCGUCCGAGGAAUGACACUCGAACAAGCAGCGCGGAUCAAGAACACAGAGAUAGCAAAGGAGCUGUGUCUGCCGCCUGUGAAGCUGCAUUGCAGUAUGUUGGCAGAGGAUGCGAUCAAAUCGGCGAUUAGCAAUUACUACACCAAGAAUCCCAAGGCGAAGAGCACAGACCUGGGCAUGAGUGGGAGCGCGAUGCCAAAGAUUGAGAUUGAGAAGGUGACUACUGUGGGUGACAGUGGUGCGGAAGCUCGGGCUUAG